AUGGAUGUUUCACUUCAAAACCAUCAGCCUGUCAUUCGUCAACUACGUAAAAUUGAAUCGAAUAGAGAUGUAAUAGCAUUGUUUAAUGAAGUUAUCUUAAUUUUAAAUAAAACAAUACACAAUCAAACUGAUGGUUUUAAGAUAUUAUCUACAAUAUGCUUUGAAAUGGCAGGAUUAAUUACACUUAAACCAUUUAAUAAUCCGGAAAUAAUGAAUCAUGAAUUUUUUAUUAUAUUGAAACAAACGUUUCAAACAUUAUUAACUAAAUUAACAUUUAUUUCAUUAGGAAAACAGGACGAACAAUGUAUUGAUGGAAUUAGUUUAUUAAUAGCCAAUCUAUGUUUAUAUAAAAACACAAUAUCAACAUGUUUCUAUACUGAUAAUAACGAAGAACUAAAUCCAAUAAAUGAAGAAAAAUUUAGUUUUAUAUCAUAUGAAAAAAUAUUUUUCACAGACUCAUUCCUUAAAAGAUUUGUAAGAAUUUUAGAAGAUGAUAUAGCUGUACAUAGUUAUGACAAAUAUCAUAUUAAAUAUAAAAUUGUUGAUCGUUUACUUCGUCUUUGUAUAAAGCUAAAUGAUAUUGACAAGAAAGUAAUUAUCGAUUCUAUUGUAAAAUGUGUUGAAUCAAAAACUUACAUGAAUUUAUACCAAACCGUUGAUCUUGGUCAACCAAUAUUAAGUCCGAAGGAAUCAUUCUUUUUGUUUCAAUGCCCAAAAUUUAUUCGACUAUGUAGUUUCGAACGACAAGAUGAAAUAUCUAACAAAUUAUCAAAAUCAAUAAUAAAAUAUCAUGGGAAUAUUUUUGAAAAAAAUCUGUCAAAUAUUUUAAUAGGCGAAUUCGUCUUAAAUUCAGCGAUAGCUUCUUAUGUCGAAUUAUUAAAUCAUAUUGCUUUAACAUCAACAACAAGAGAGUUAUUUAUCAAAAAAUUUGAUACAGAUAAAACUGUGGUAGAUCAAAUGAUUGAAAUAUUAAAAGGAUUAUCAUCAAUAGAAAGUAUUUAUAGAAACACUAAAUUAUUCCAUGCCGAUGUUGCUCUUAUGUCAUAUUCAAUAGCUCUUUUGUAUAACUUGACAUUUGAGAGAAAAAUUUUUUAUGAACUAAGAACUCGAAAUGUAAAAGAUAUUUGUAAAGAAUUAUACAAAGCAAAAGAUAAAACAAUACAAUUCGCAUCUCGAACAUUAGCUGUAAUUUUAAACCAAGAAGAUAUUGAUUCAAUCGAUAGUCCCUCAAAAGUAGCUGAUUCUUAUUUAUAUUUUAUUGAAAAUACAAUUGACAAUUCAACAGUUACCCAUCAUGGAAUUAAAUUAGAUGGUGUCCUAAUCAAUCUUGAAGUCAUUAUUCAAAGCGAUGCGAUCAAAGAUGAAAUUAUUAAUCAUGACAAUGGUAUAUUACUAUUAGCACGAUGUGCAUAUGAACCAAAUCUAGAUAAUGAAACAAUUCAACAUCCAGCUCUUCGAAUUAUUGAUGCAGUUUCAUUCGGAAAAGAUUCAGUUGUGAAACAGAUAAAAGAAAACGAUGCUCUCAUGAAUCAUAUUAGAGAGUUAUGUGAUACAAAUGAUAAAUAUCAAGUAGUCACAGCUAAACGUAUUCUAUGGAAAGUAGAUGAAGAAUUAAAAUUUGUGUCAACACAAGAACAACAAAAACAAAACGAAAUAAAAUUAAUAAACGUUUUCGAUGAAAAAAAAGCUAUUUAUCAGUAUAUACGAGGUGAUCAUUAUUUUAGUUUAGAAGAGCAUAAGAAUUCAGGAAAAUUUAACCUGAUGAUUAGUUAUUGCCAAGAAGAUAAAGAUAUUUGUCUUAAAAUUUAUAAUCGUUUAACAACAUCAGAUUGUUAUAAAGUUGCAUUCGAUAAAGAUAAUUUACACACUGCAAAUCCAAAAGCCAUGGCAAAAACAGUUGAAAAUUCAUCGAUUAUUCUUAUUUGUUUUUCAACAAAGUAUCAAAAUUCAUAUGCAAGUCGAUUAGAAGCUGAAUAUACUAUGAAACGAAAUCGGCCUAUUAUUCCAAUAAAAAUCGAUCAUCAAUACAAUUCAAGAGGCUGGUUAAAAGAAAUUAUUGACAAAGAAAAAUAUAUUGACUUUACAAAAUAUGAGUUCAAUACUUCAUUUACGCAAUUAAUUGAUCAAAUCAAUGAGCUACGUGAAAAUCUUCGUAAAUUAUAG